GUUCAUAAGUAUCGGUCGUAUCAUGGAGGCUCUCCCUCAUCACGGGUACUUGGAGUUCCACCGCGACAGCCUGGAGGUGGUGCGGCGGGGGGUGGGGCUGCACCGGCCCGGGGAGAUGGCUGAUGCCGUGAGGAUCCUCCAAGACUGGGUCAAACAGCAGGAACACUUACUAAAGAAAGAUAUACACCCAGUCUACCUGGAGACGUUUAUAGUGAUGUGCAAGGGUUCCCUGGAGCGUGUCAAGGCCGCCCUGGACAGGAUGUGCACAGCACGGACCCUGCUGCCACACUACUUCGACCCUUACGACGUCCUAGCAGAGUUUCAGCUUGUAAAGGGUAGAAGCUACGUGUUUCCCCUGCCGCAGCCCACGGAGGACCACUGGCGCGUGCUGGUGUGGAAGUUCGUAGGCCAGCUCUCAACGCGGGAGGUGGAAGCCAUCUACAAAAUUAUAUUCACAACUCUGGACUACAUUAAGCGCUACGACUACCACAGCGGCGCGACUAUCAUAUACGACGUGUCAGAACUCGACCUCAAGUACAUGCUCACCAACUUAAACCUCAUGGAGCUUAAGAAUUUCUACAUGACAGUAUUGGAAAGUUACGCGCUCAGAGUAAAGAAGAUACAUGUUAUAACAGCGUCAAAGAUAGUCUACACUUUCAUCAACUUCUUCAAACAGUUCCUGAAGAAGAAGAUAGUGGACCGUCUGAUGGUGCACGAGAGCUGGGAGGUCCUGCAGCAGUACUACCCCAGACACGUCCUGCCAAAGGACUACAGCGGAACUGAGAGAUCUUUGGAUGAGUUACAAGACGAUUUUAUCGCUCAGCUUGCUUCAGAAGACUACAGGGAGUACCUACAGGAAUUGUCUGCGGCCAGAGUGGACGACACUCUAAGGCCGACCAGACCGGACGAGGACUGCGGGACAUUUAGAACUCUAACUAUAGACUAGAAUUACCUUAUGAAUUAUAGGCCUGGUCUGUUUUGGAGUAGGUACGGGCCAAGUAUUAUUGAAAUUGAAAGUUAUUGGCAAACAAUAUUUUGCGGAUACGCUAAUAUUGAUGUUUGAUGUGGUUAAUGCGAUUAAUGCAGCUUUGGUACCGACAUGAACAUGUACAUCUGGUUUUAUAGUUACCGGUUAUAUAUUCGGCCAAGUUUUUUUAUUUAGUUUAUAUUUAAAUACUUAGUAUGGGAGGUAGCAACGUUUUCGAGAACUUUUUAGAUGGAUGCUCUGUCUCGUUCUCGACUUAUAUACUUACUGCAACCGUCUCUCUCGGACUAUAACUAGCAUAAUACUGCAAUACUUUUCAUGAAUUUUUCAUUUUACCCAAUAUGUAUUUCAAUUUUCAAUGCUUAGCAACCGAAUUAAU